CAUUCACCGUUUUGGGGCACAGUUUUUAACAGAAAGCGUUGUGAAGCGGUUGACUGCAGAUUACGACGACGCAGGUCCCAAAAUUUAGGCAGGAAGCAAGCAAACAUUACGUCUCCUUGUGACGAAUUUACGAAGAAUUGACGCUUAUUACAUAAGAGCAGCGCCGCGCACUGGAGGAAGGCAAAAUGGCCCAAAAGGUAUUGCGAAAUGUGACCCACUGCAUCUUCGACAUGGACGGCCUGUUGCUGGACACCGAGCGCCUGUACACGGAUGCCGCCCAAACGGUACUCGAUCCCUAUGGCAAGACGUUCACGUUCGACGUCAAGGAGCAGCUAAUGGGCCUGCAGACACGUCAGGUGGCCGAGUUUAUGGUCAACACAUACGAGCUGCCAAUCACCUGGGAGGAGUACGCGAAACAGCAGCGAGACAAUGCGCUCACCUUAAUGGGAAAUGCCCAAUUGAUGCCAGGUGCCGCACGGCUUUUGCGUCAUUUGCAUGCCAAUAAGGUGCCUUUCUGCCUGGCCACCAGCUCUGGUGCUGAUAUGGUGGAGCUGAAAUCCACACACCACAAAGAGCUAUUCGAAUUGUUCCACCACAAGGUAUGCGGCUCCACCGAUGCCGAGGUGAAGAACGGCAAACCAGCGCCCGAUAUCUUUUUGGUGGCCGCUGGCCGGUUCGGUGACACGCCAGAUCCAACCAAAUGUUUGGUCUUUGAGGAUUCGCCCAAUGGCGUGACGGCGGGCGAAAGUGCUGGCAUGCAGGUGGUUAUGGUGCCCGAUGCACGCUUGUCCGAGGACCGUUGCUCCCAUGCCACACAAGUGUUGCGGUCCCUGGAGGAUUUCAAGCCGGAGCAGUUUGGUCUGCCACCGUUUAGCGAUUGAGUUACUUGCGGAUUUCCCUACAAAUGUACGAUUUUCAAAAUAAACUAACAAGAUGUAGCCAUGGAA